AUGCGUCUGCCACAGGUUCAGCUCUACGUGGAUAAAGACCGAGUGCAUAUAAAGGCGACCACGAAACCUCAGAAAGCCCUCAGGCCAUCGAGCUCUCUUCCCCCAUCCUGCAAAACCUCGGGUAAUGGCUUUCAGGCUCCUCGCAUCCUUCGUGUCCUCGCGGCUCUCCAGGUCACCAACGGUGCGCUCACCCGCAAGGUGACGUGCGCGGGCGGCCAGGUCACCGCGAACGCGGCGUGCUGCGCGCUCUUCCCCGUCCUCGAGGACAUCCAGACGAACCUCUUCGACGGCGGCGAGUGCGGCGAGGAGGUGCACGAGUCCCUCCGGCUUACCUUCCACGACGCCAUCGGCAUCUCCCCAGCUAUCUCGCGCACCGGCAAGUUCGGAGGUGGGGGCGCGGACGGUUCCAUUGCCAUCUUCGCGGAUAUCGAGACGAACUUCCACGCGAACAAUGGGGUGGACGAGAUUAUUGGGGAGCAGGCGCCGUUCAUCGCGCGCCAUAACCUCACCACGGCCGACUUCAUCCAGUUUGCUGGGGCGAUUGGGGUGAGCAACUGCCCUGGCGCGCCCCGCCUGGACGUCUUCAUUGGCCGCAAGGACGCCACCCAGCCCGCGCCCGACCUGACGGUCCCUGAGCCGUUCGACGAUGUCACCAAGAUCCUCGAGCGCUUUUUCGACGCCGGCAAGUUCACACCCGCCGAGGUCGUCGCUCUGCUCGCCUCGCACACGAUCGCCGCUGCUGACCACGUCGACCCGACCAUCCCCGGCACGCCAUUCGACUCGACGCCCGAGUUGUUCGACACGCAGUUCUUCAUCGAGACGCAGCUCCGCGGCACGCUCUUCCCGGGCAACGGGAGCAACCAGGGGGAGGUGAUGUCGCCGCUGCACGGCGAGCUCCGUCUCCAGUCCGACGCGGAGCUCGCGCGCGACAUCCGCACCUCGUGCGAGUGGCAGUCUUUCGUCAACAACCAGGCGAAGCUCCAGUCCGCGUUCAAGGCGGCGUUCGCGAAAAUGACCGUGCUGGGCCAGAAUACGCGCAAUCUGAUUGACUGCUCGGACGUCGUGCCGACCCCGCCGCCGGCCGCGAGUAAGGCGCACUUCCCGGCUGGGCUCACGCACCGGGACGUUGAGCAGGCGUGCUUCUUUGCGCCGUUCCCGACUCUCCCGACUGACCCCGGACCGGCUACGUCCGUCGCUCCCGUCCCCCCAUCCUAA